GUCACAGAGCUAGCGACAGUCGACUCGUUCAGCCCCUCAUAAGCUAGAGAGAUGAGGACUCCGGCCGUGUCACUCGUUAUGCCUUGAUGUGAUUUGUGACGUGAGCUGCCCAGCUUCUGGCAUGCAUAAACCGGCUGCAUCUGGCUUGAUUUGGUAGCCCAGUGCUAUCUGCCUGCCUGAUCACAUGAUUUGGCCUUGGGAGUACCAAAGUACACCUGCAUUCUGUUUCCAAUGCCAUUCGCAAAACUCCAGCAUGAGUUGGCCUUUGUUGCGAAAGCUGCUCGAGACUCGGCCAAACGAGCUGUGUUUGCAGCGGCAAUCGAAACCCGACCGCAGCGCGAUAUUCACGCCACGCUGGUGCUUAGGCUGUUUUCGCGGCUGGGGCUAAGGUUGUGCCCAAGCUCGGCAUCCCCUCUAAUGGAGCUGUCAGUACUGCAAUUACCAGGUCGUACAAGGACGUGCAGCGGUGGCAAUGAUUGCUACAGCAGACAGCAUUCUUACUCCCAGGGGUUGAGAAUGGCCCAGGUGCUUGUUUUCCCUUCAUAUUAUGCAUUAUUUCACCUGAGUGCUGAUGGGAAGGAUUACGAUCCUCCUGCCUGCCUUCGCAUAGGGCGGCAUGGUUUGGCCCUGCUCCCUAGGCAAGCAAAACAGACAUUGUUAACAUCAAUAGGCUCAGUGCAUAUGGACAAUGAAUAGUUCUGGGCAGAGAGG